GCUGCUGCUGCUGCUGCUGCUGCCGCCGUGGCUGCUUGGCUAACACUCACAUAUGUCCUCCAAUCUGAGCUGCUUUGAGCCACACCGUUUCAUCUAGUAGCUAUCAGUGCUGAUGAGAGCCUCUCGUCUUUCUGGGUCCGCUGCAGCUGCCUGUGUGAGGACAGUGGUAUUCUUUUCACCUUUGGGUGACAGACGUGCUGUGAAGGCAUGCCUGCGCGCUCUUGUUGCUGCUCAGUGAGCCAGGAGUGAAUCUUAACCUGUCGCGGUCGUGUAAUGGUUUUAUCAUCAUGAUAUCCACACGGGUGUCAGUGAUUGUCGUGCUGGUGGCGCUGGUGAAUGGAGCCAGAAACGAGGACGACAUGCAGCCGUGCGCGAAGGUCCAAACGUCCAGCUCUGUGGUGCCGCUGGGGUCACCUGUGAGGGCCACCUGUGUCAUCAGGGAGGACUGCCCUGCUUUCGUCGGACAGGACGUCCACAUAGAGUGGCGCCUCGAGGAUCGCCUCCUCCCCAGCAGCCCCGCGGCCAAUCAGAGCAGCAGGGUGUCCGAGGUGGUAAUACCGAGCUUCAAUCACACCAGGGCGUCCCUCACCUGCUGCGUCCAGGCCUCUCCUGCUCAGGUCUUAGCAGGAGUGGAGAUCAGAGCCGGAUAUCCACCUGAAGCACCUCAAAACCUCAGCUGUCAGACAAAUCUCACCUACCCCAACACCCUGACCUGUAGCUGGGACCCGGGGCAGCAGGAGACCCACCUGCUCACAGAGUACACCCUCCACACCGAGAUAUGGGAUCUAAACGAGAACCACAGCUACAAGCUGCUGCCGGGAGUGCAUCGCUAUACCAUCCCUCGCUCUGACUUCGUCCUGUUCUCAGAAAUGAAAAUAUGCGUGAGGGCGGUGAAUGAACUCGGAGAAGCAACCUCAGUACCCAUCACUAUAGAACCCAUCGGUGCAACUAAAUUCGACCCUCCAGCAAUCACGAAGUUCGAAGCGGUGCCUAAGAAGAACGGCUGCUUGAAACUGAACUGGCGCUUAUCUCAGCAACAGGCCUGGAUGCGUAGCUGCCGUCUGAACCUGGAAGUCCGUCUUAGGACUGCUGACAGCAGCGAAUGGAGUGACCAACCAAUCCUGGUGAGCUGGAUAAGACCGAGCAAACCUGUGGACCAGUGUCGUCUACUCCAUGGGACUCAGUAUCUGGCCCAGAUUAGAGUCAGAUACCAUCAGAGCCCCUGGAGUGAAUGGAGCAGCAGCCAGUCUGGAGUCACCUUGGAGAGCGCUCCCGCUGGACGUCUCGACUGGUGGAUGAAGGUAUCAGAGGAUCACCUGCAAAAACAACUCGGCAUACACUUGUUCUGGAAGCCAUCAAAACAAUUCCGUGCCAACAGUCGAAAUGUGUCGUACAUUGUCUCAGCCCAAAAACUGCCAGGUGAAAGGGGGAAGGUGUGUUCAACGACAGAGAAUUACUGUGCUUUCCAGGCUCCCAGGAGGGCAAAUAAAGUGUAUCUGUGCGCUGUGAAUGCGGCGGGGAGGUCCACCCCCACUGAAGUUCGGAUUCUUUUACCUAAAGCUCGUAUGGCGAUAUCAAACAUCUCCGCCGUUCCUCAUGAUGACAGAUCCCUGCUGGUCCGGUGGAGCAUCCUGGACUCUUCCGGUCUCACUGGUUUUGUGGUUGAAUGGACACCUCUGUUAGACAGAGACCUCUCUCUCACACAGUUUGAAAUAACAGCCAGAAACCAGACCAGUCUUCUUAUCACAGGCAGCUUUGAGCCCUACAAGCCCUAUGGGAUCUCUGUGUAUCCAAGGUUUAAGGAUGGGAUAGGCCUUCCUCAGACUGCUAAUGCCUACUCGAGACAAAAGGCUCCAUCCAUGGUUCCAAAAAUACGAGUUAAAAAGACCUGGCAGUCAAACAUUGAGCUCACCUGGGAUGAACUGCUGCUAAACCAAAGUAAUGGGAUCAUUCAGAGCUACAAGGUCUUCUACUGGCACGAAAACGGACCCGUUAGCGUUGUGAACACCGACCCAGAGGAGAGGAGGGUGGUCCUGAAAGACCUCAGCAGUGAAUCUCUGUAUGGAGCUAUUUUGAUGGUUUGCACAUCUGGUGGGAGCCUGAACGGGUCAACGAUUCAUUUUGGCAUCGAGCCUUUAGAUGCGGUUUCAGUUGUGAUGAUUGUGACAGCCUCUGGUGUUGCACUGUCACUGUUGAUUAUCUUCGCAGUGAUGACUUGCUUCUCGAACCACAGACGGCUGAAGGGGCGUUUCUGGCCGGCUGUUCCAGAUCCGGCUAAUAGCAGCAUCAAGAGAUGGACAUCAGAAUCAACACAGGAUACCCAUCUUGGCUCAGACAGUGAGGAGCCCAAUCCAAUGUACCUGUCCCACCUCAGCUUCCUGGACCUGCCUGUGAAGCCAGGUAAAGAGGACGAAGACCCAUGGUUGAGCAAUGCAGAGGACACGAGCGACCUGGGAGAGUCCAUCUGUGGUUCACCCUUCACCCCUGGCUACUCUGGUUCGAACAGCGACUCCGUCACUUACUCCACCGUGAUCUUCAACGGCCCAUGCAGCAGCCCCACGGCUAAAACAUCUCACGUGUACCUGCGCUCUGAGUCCACGCAGCCCCUCUUGGAGUCUGAAGAAUCCUUCACUCCAAAGUGCUAUCAGAACAUGGCAACGGAUGGGAUGACAAAGGAGCAAUGUUUUUUUGGGCCGUGCCAUGAUUGUGUGCUGGAAGAAGCGGCAGAUCCUCCCAUUCUGUGGGAUGACUUUCCUUUUCUCCGAGCUUUAGCCAUGAAUGAUGAAAAAGACUAAAAGUACUUUGCUGAUUUUAAGAGUAAACGCUUUGGAAGAUCAUGUAGAUCUGAGUUUUUUUGCAAUGAGCCAAUUGUACGAAGUUGAUCCUGCAGAGCUGUAAAAUCAAUCCUAAAAUCAGUCUGAUGUGAAAUGAUUCUGAUGCCCAUGCUUCUUCUGUUAUAUGUAGCACACUUUGUAGAUACAUCACCUCUUUUGAAAAUAAACUUUUUUUUAACUACAGAAAAAAA